UGAGAGGGUACUUAUGGAGUAGAGUAAAGUCACAGAGCUACCUGAACUGCAUAGAAAGGAGACUUUCUUUCCCAGCUGUCUGUCGUUUGUACUGGUGUCUGUUGUUCAGCACAGCCUGCCACCAUGCCCACUGACGCCCAAAGUGACGCCCGGUCCUUCCUGACUGAGGAGAUGAUUGCAGAGUUCAAGGCCGCCUUCGACAUGUUUGACACAGAUGGAGGCGGUGACAUCAGCACCAAAGAGUUGGGCACUGUAAUGAGGAUGUUGGGCCAGAACCCAUCACGGGAGGAGCUGGAUGCCAUCAUAGAGGAGGUCGAUGAGGAUGGCAGCGGUACCAUCGACUUCGAGGAGUUCUUGGUCAUGAUGGUCCAACAGUUAAAGGAGGACCAGGCAGGAAAGAGUGAAGAAGAGCUUUCAGAAUGCUUCCGUAUUUUUGACAAGAAUGGAGAUGGUUUUGUUGAUCGUGAGGAAUUUGGAGAAAUCCUUCAUAUGACUGGAGAAGCAGUGACAGAGGAAGAUAUCGAUGAGAUGUUUGGGGAAUCUGACACAAACAAAGAUGGAAAGAUUGAUUUUGAUGAAUUUCUGAAGAUGAUGGAGAAUGUCCAGUAAAGACACCAGCUCUACAUUCCUUGGUGAUCCGUCCUCAGAGAGAAACUGAAGCACGCGUGUGAUGGAAAUCUACUCAGAGCAAACUCUUAAUUCUAGGAGCCCGUCCACAAAUAUGAAUAGGAUAACUCUGAGAUUUCAAAAUGGAUUCAAGUCAAACACCGCAACCCACCGCCUUUCCCCAUCCUCAACCUGGGAACUUGUUGAGGAUGUCUAUAAAUAUCCAUCCAAACCUUUUAAGACGAAGGCUCUCGUCCCCGGGCGCCUCCUUAUGCCCACUACCCAGCUGUCCCCUUUGGCAGCUGCUGUUGCUCCAGAAAUGCUACACCGCCAUGCUGCCCCCGCCCUCCACUAUCACACGUUGCAUAUCUUCUCAACCCUGAUCUUUACUUUCUAAAUAAACCAACUUUCUUCACCCAC